UUUACUUCAUUUAGCAGCAUUUCACAUCAUUUAGCAGUUAUUUCAACAGAGUUUUAACUCUAUUAUACAAUGGCUGCACUGUUUGUUAAAGAUCUUCACCCUGAAGUAUCUGAGGUGAUACUUUCGAGUAGAUUUAGACCUGCAGGACACAUCCAGUCUGUCCACAUUUGCAGGGACAGGAAGACCGGCUCUCCUCUCGGAUAUGCGUACGUCAACUUCCGCUAUCGAGAUGACGGUAAAACAAACCUUUUCUUUUUUUCUACACUGUUUCUUACCUGUUUUUGCAGCAGAUUUAAGGCUACAUGUGUAACUUCUGUAGUAUUUUCUAGUUUUACUAUAUGGAUAUGGUCAUGUUUUAAAUGGUACUAAAAAGAUAUGAAAAGAUAUUUUGAUGAGUUAUAUAUAGACUAUAAUAGACUUUAAUUAAAAAUGAAUGGCUUAUUUCUGUUCCCUCAGCUGAGAGAGCCAUCAACAUGUUCAAUUUUGAACUGCUCCUGGGGAGACCCAUGCGCGUCAUGUGGUCUCACUGGGAACCCACCGCCAAGCCCAUCAAGGGAGGAAACAUUUUCAUUAAGAACCUUGAUUGGUCCAUUGACUGCACCUCCCUCUUCGACACUUUCUCUGUGUUUGGGAGGAUCGUGUCGUGCAAGGUUGUGGAAUCAAAACGUUACGGGUACGUUCAGUACGAGUCAGCGGAGGCGGCGGCGCUGGCCAUCGAACGGCUGAACGGGAAACUCCUGAACGACCGCCAAGUGUAA